CCUGUUGCCCCGUUCAGUGGCGCUCUUAUGUGAAAGGAGGGCUUGUUGUCAACCUGGGAAGAAUUCCCCCUUCCAAUGUACCUGCACCUGAAUAUUACGAUUGAUUAUGGACUGAUAAUAGAUACAGAGAGCGCAUGUACAACAGCAUAUAAUAUGUAUGUAGUAUGUUAGCGGACCAAGUGCGAGGACGUGAAAGACGCGCGCUAUAAUCCUUUUUAUCCUACCAGAUUGUCUGUCCUGCAUAUAUCCGUAAAGUACGCGAUUCGCUAAUUAGUGUACACCGGUCGAGGAUUGUGUUCCAUAUUUUAAUUGUUUUUUUUGCUGGUUCACGUGAAUGUAAAACGGGACAGAUGGUCGGAUGGUUUGAAAUAUGCGUUUGAACGCAUUUUGCAGAAGGACGGAAGGAAGUAGUCGCUGGGCUUCGUACCCUGCUGAUAUCGCAUACAACCACGGUGAUGGUGAUCUUCGGAAGGCCCUUUUUAUGUGUUGGAAGGAUAAGUUGAAAAUAAAGGCGAACCAACGACGCGGAAAUGUCUCAUAUUAGGAGGAGCACCGCCGGACGAUCCGAUGACGUUAUGGACGAUGACUCUGAUGACAAAGAUUCGAAACGUAAGUCCAGAAAUUUGAGCGAGAAGAAGCGGAGGGAUCAAUUCAAUUUGCUGGUGAACGAGUUGAGCGUGAUGGUGUCCAGCGGCGGCAGGAAAAUGGAUAAGUCGACGGUGCUGAAAGCGACGAUUUCCUUCCUCAAAAAUCAUAACGAAGUGGCCGUAAGGUCGCGCGUUCACGAGAUCCAGGAAGAGUGGAAACCGACCUUUCUAACAAACGAAGAAUUCACGCAUUUGGUCUUGGAGGCUGUCGAUGGUUUCAUUAUGGUAUUCGCAACGUCCGGGCAGAUAUUCUAUGCUUCGGAGAGCAUUACUUCAUUAUUGGGACAUUUACCAAGCGACCUAUUGGGAAUGACAUUGUACGAGUUGGUCAAUGAUGACGAGCAGGGCGAAUUGUAUAACACGUUGAUGGGUCCCGCAGAGGAAGAAAACAAAUUGUCAUUUUCAUGCUAUUUGAGGAGAGGCGGAUCGGAUGCCAGGCAAUCCUCCAGUUUUUACGAGCUCGUCCAUUUUGAGGGGUAUCUCCGUUCUGAUACGGAUAUGGUACAAACGGACAGCUCCAGGCAUAGCGGAUAUUCUGGAGAAGCCGAUUCCCGAUUGGUUUUCGUUGGCACGGGGAGGUUGCAAACGCCGCAGCUAAUUCGAGAGAUGCCCUUAAUAGACUCCAGCAACACGGAAUUCAUUUCUCGGCACAGCUUGGAGUGGAAGUUCCUGUUCAUAGAUCAUCGAGCGCCACCGAUAAUCGGUUACUUUCCGUUCGAGCUGUUGGGCACUUCCGGUUACGAUUACUACCACACCGAUGAUCUUGAAAGGGUGGUUGGAUGUCACGAGGCGUUGAUGCAAAAGGGUGAAGGUACUUCCUGCUAUUACAGGUUUCUAACAAAAGGUCAACAAUGGAUUUGGCUUCAAACUAGAUUUUACAUAACAUACCAUCAGUGGAAUUCCAAACCGGAAUUUGUCGUUUGCACGCAUCGCGUUGUUAGCUACGUGAAUGUUAUGAAACAGAACAUCAAAAACGAGGAAAAUAUCGAGCUUUUAAUUGAAUCCUCACCGAACAAUAAAAACUCUUCGAAGUCUUGGAAAUCGAGGACUUCUAGAAGUCGAGUAUGCCACGGGCCUUCUUCAGAUUGCACUUCUAUGAGCGCAGAUUCUCCAACAUCCAGACACUCGGUGAUGUCAGAAUAUUCGCCGUCUUCAUUUCAGAAAACACGGACUAGUGGCGGCGUCUCAGUUAAUGUCCCUACUCAAUCUACGCAGACCAUCGUAGCCCCAACAUUUAUGGAACCUCCACAGUACGUCGCGGCGAUUCCUGUUCAACCUGUGAUUACUAAUUUUGCUUCUCCGGCGGUUCUAUCGCCACUUCCGGUAAAUAUUCUUUACCGUCCAGAUCAGGUAAUUGAUAACAUAGGGUUUUCUCAGAUACACAAUCAAAUGCAAGCAGAUUUACAACGAAAACACGCAGAACUCCAAGCUGUUAUCGGCCAGCAGCAAGCUGAACUGAGAAGGGUUUCGGAGCAGCUCCUGAUGGCCCGAUUAGGAUUGUUACCAUCAACGCAAGCUCAAUGCAAUGUCUCCUCGAGCAAUUACAAUACCAGCACCGUAAGCAGUACAACGACAAUGGCUGGGAUUCCUGCUGCACUUGCAGGACCUUCAGUCGUCGUUCCAACUGUAUCUGUACCAAUAACGAUACCUAUAACCCAGAAUUUGGUGUUCACCUCUCCCGAUGAAUAGUAGAUACCGAUCGUCGCAUCGAAUAAGCCAAAGAAAAACAGUUACACCGGAUAAUUUUAGUGUUAUUGUGCCAAUAUCAUGUUUAUGUGUAAGUGUACACUUUUUCGCGUAAUGCCAGAGGGUAAUUUAAUUGCUUGUGUGAUAAUAAUUAUUAGUGUACAUUUAGAUUCAGCAAGUGUAAACAUUUAUUUUGUGUAUUGAACCAGAAAAUAAAAGAUUUUUGAUAAUAUAAAUCAACAAACAAA